AAAGAUGGCGGCGCACAUUACCCGAGCUUUGACACGACUUGUCCCACAGGAGAGCGGUUGGCUCCUGCCCGCAGCCUGGCAGUUGUGUACCGAAGCAUGGCGUCAUCACCAUCACUCUGCAGGCCCCUCGCUGCGCUACAUACCCCGCAGGGCGGUUCUCUACUGCCCUGGCAAUGAUGAGCGAAAAUUGAGGAAACUAGCCUCGCUGGAUGUCGACUGCGCCGUCUUGGACUGCGAGGAUGGUGUAGCCCUCAGCAAAAAGACGGAGGCCAGGGAGACCAUUCCCAGGAUGUUAGCAGAACUGGACCUGGGCCGCACAGAGAAGUGUGUGAGGGUGAACUCUGUGUCCAGUGGCUUGGCUGAGGCUGACCUGCAGGUCAUCCUGCAGGCUGAGGUUCUGCCUCCUGCCAUCAUGUUGCCCAAAGUGGAGGACACGCAGGAGGUGCAGUGGUUUGUUGACAGGUUUCAGCACCACUUGAAAGGACGGCCACUGACAGAACCCGUUCGCCUGGUCACCUUUGUGGAAACCGCUGUGGGCCUGCUCAAUUUUAAGGCGGUGUGUGAGGAAAUCCGUCGACGUGCUCCCGAGGCUGGUCUCCACCAUGACGGCGUGGUGUUUGGCUCCGAUGACUUCUGUGCCAGCAUAGGUGCCACGCGGACAAAAGAUGCCAGCGAGCUCCUGUACGCGAGGCAGAAAGUUGUCGUGACCACCAAAGCCUUUGGGCUGCAGGCUAUCGACCUGGUCUACAUUGACUACAAAGACGUGGAGGGGCUGAGACGACAGGCCAGAGAGGGAGCUCUCAUGGGCUUCACAGGUAAGCAGGUUAUCCACCCGGGGCAGAUCCAGGCUGUGCAGGAGGAGUUCUCCCCCAGUCCAGAGAGGGUCCGGUGGGCCAAAGAGCUCAUCGAUGCUUUUGACCAACACCAAAAGGAGGGAAAGGGUGCGUUCACCUUCCGCGGCAGCAUGAUUGACAUGCCCUCUGUGAAGCAGGCGCAGAACAUCAUAGCGCUCUCCGUCGUGGUGCCGGAGACAUAAUGCGGCUGGUGAGGAGAGACCGGAGGAACCACGCCGCUGAGCCCUGACAGGAGCGGUGAAAGGAGGCUGGAAAUGUCGCUCACGAGUGGGGGGAAAAAAAGUGGAAAUUGUGGUUUGAAUUUGAGUUUUAAAAACUGUUAAAAUGUUUUGAUUCGUUUGAUUGUCAUGGCAGUUGCAGGGGAGGCCGCAGCUUUAAAACCUACCUUUAGAUGUUUUCAGCAAUAUCAGAUCUGCACAUGGCGAGCAGCGGCAGCAGAUAUCUGGGUCUUGUCGAGGAUUAUUGCCCCGUGUGGGCAUUUUCUUGGCACACUUUUCAGUGUGCGCGCCAUCAAGUCACUCUUCGGCGUGUGUGCCCCUGCCUCCCAUCUCUCCUAGGUCAUGAUGAAUGCUCUCCCAUCUCCACGGUCCAGGCAGCUGGGCGAAAGGGUAAACAAACACAACAAGCCUCUGUUGUGGAUCUAUUCAUUAGGCCCCAGUCUUCCAGUCAGGCCUCAGCCCCCUGCCCAGGGCCUGACUCACAAGCAUCAAAGUCUUGCUCGCUUAAAAAAAAAAGAAAGAAACACAAAUGAAAGUGCGUAAACUCACGAUUGAGCUUUUUUUUGUGUCGGUCUCCGUAGUUAAGACAUGCAGCUCGCUCUGUGGCAGCUGCGAACCUGCGGUCUUGAUGGAGAAGGCAUGCGGCGUCAGACACACCAUGACCUGUACGAAAAAUAAACACGGCGUACACGCACACGCUGCGGCGGUGUUCUUCCGCUGAUCUCUCAUUUAACACGGGAGUUUAAGUGGGAUUUUCAGAAGUGGUUUCUACGUCAGGUUUUUCUUUGUUUGUUUUACAGCAGCGUCUCCAAAAAGCUGCCGUCCACGGUCUUAAAUGCUCACCUUUAUGUAUAGACCAAAAACAACAACUCCUGAACAAGUUCAGAGGAGUCGUUCAUCGCGCUGUCACAGAUGAAAGUACAAUGGGGCUCUGUGCAGCGCUUGUGCACGUCUGACUUCCAGAGACAGUGAAGUGGGUGUGAUGUUGGAGUGAGACAGAUUAGUGGCCAUGUUGCUCCAGCAGACCAGGACCGAGGCUUUGUCUCUCUGACUGCGGAUGGGGGGAUAAUUGGGGGGGUGUUGAAUGGUUAAUAGUGCCAUUGGUGACCAUGGUAAUGAAAGGCACCAUACCUCCCCUACCCCACCUCAUCCACUCAUCUCUCUCUCCCCCCCUCUCUCUCGUACUGUAUAAGCUAUUGUGUCUGGGGCAGGACUGUGGUCUGUGCCAGGCCAGGCCAGACAAAAAGAUCGAAACCACUCCUGCGCCCAGCCAAAGACCCGAACAGUAAGCUGUCUCUUUGGCAUUUGGCCACAUAUUUCUCUCACCCCUGGCUCACUUUUUUUCUGUCGGGAAUUCACAUUCAGCUUGUUUGUUUGUUUUCACCCGCUCUACUAUUAUACCCUGAGGUUGGUGGACAAAACUGCUAUUAUGCGUGACUUUCAUUAAAUAAAUCAACAUCAUUAUUUGGGUAGAGCCGUUUCACGAGGCUCUGAAGAGCCUCACCGCAGACGGUUGGACGGUUUAACUGGGUCCACUUGAGCGGUAGAAUAUUUAAAAGAGGCGUUCGUGAGUGGCCUGCGCCGUCUCGCCUUUGUGCUGUGUGGCCGUGUGCAGGUUUUGAUCAAACUUUGAAACACUUCAGUGUGACUUUUUAAAACUUUCAUCAUUUGUUGCAGCAAAGUCUUGUUGCAAUCUAAUCUCUAAUGAAUGCAGAAAAGGUUACAGAAUAAAAAAAGACUUGCAUGUCUGUGAAAUGUUGAAACAAUUAAAUAAAAAUA